AUGCACCUACAAAGACCGUCAGAAUCUCCAGUCCCUCAACUUCCACAGCAAAGUCUUGGUCAAGAGCUGUCGAAUGUUCAGCUCAGCAGAUCCGAACGGGACCCAACUUGCCGCCCGUACGUCCCCCAAUCCACACCAAACAUUCCUCAAACAGCGUCUGGGGUGAGGCAGGGCGCUUUCCCGCUUUCCCGCAGCCACCAACAACCUAACGCGGGCUCCCAGCCGUCGUCAACGGUUGCCCCUGGUGCCCAGGAAAGAGUCGCAAUCGAAAGUGGAGUCACCAGGGCUCUGCAAGCCUGA